AGGUGAGUUAUAAAAAUAAAACGGGGAAGAAAGCACAUGGACGCGAGCAGCUGAAAUCAAUAAAUCAACUACUUGAUGCUCUGAAUCGGGUCUGAUCGGGAUACGGAGCAGCUCGCGCUCUCUCUGUUUAAGGACCGCCUCGCGAGCGACGGGACACUGGCCAAUACGAUCCAAAAGUCACGGAAAUCUUUGUGUAGCGAGAGUUUCCACGCGUGAAAAUGAUCCAAGAGGGGGAAUAAUCCGAGAGCACGCGAGAGAAACAAAGAGGGAGCGCGAGGGAGAGAGAGAGAUCACUGAUGAGGAGGAGGAGGAUGAUGGUGGUGGCCUAGAAACAUCAGGAAUUCCUCGUUCCGCUCGACUGGAUCCCAAGACGAUGGGGGAUUUUACGCAUUGCAAAGAAAAGGGGCUCGCUUUUCUCCUCCGCGCACCCCGGCUUUACUUUUGACUUCGAGGAUGCGUUGAAGUCUCCCAGUCCGAGAGUCACUGGCUCACGUGAAAAGGAACAGCGGCUCUGCGCAUUAAUGCGUGUGUGCGCGAGCGCGUACGCGUGCUCUCCCGUGACCGAUGGCACUGGAAUCCGUGCGCAACGGCUAUGUGCGCACUUGUGUCACUCCCGUGGAGCAGGACUGCUGGCACUCGUGCUUGGCUCUCGUGUGGAGCCGUAGGAGCCUGUCCUCGGCCGUGUGCGUCGCCUCGCUGUCCGUGCUGCUCGCGCUGCUCGCUCAGUCCGCGGACUGGGACGCGGAGCGCGCACACGCGCACUCCGGCUCUCACCUGGUGACGCUCGUGGAGCUCGUGUGGCAGCUGCUCUCGCCCGUCUUCACGCUCGUGUGUGCCUUCUUCUGGGUGGGUGUGUAUCUGCUCCGCUGCGGGGUGCUCAUCCGCACGGCCGUGUUCCUGCUCACCGUGUGCCAUCUGGGCGAAGCGGCGGCGCAGUCGCUGUUGGAUGCGCAGCAGCUGUACUCGUUCACGGCCACCGCGCUGGUGCUGCUCGCCUGCCUGGCCAGCGGGGCGCUCAUGGUGGUGCGGCUGGGUCAGGGCAUCUCCGUGCUCCUCUUCAUCAGCAUCAUCAGGACCGUAUCGCUGCUGUCGCUGCAGAAGGUGCGCGCCAGCUGGAGACCCUACCUGGCGUACCUGCUCGGGGUGCUGGGGGUCCUGUUGGCGAGGUAUGCGGACAGGCUGCUGCCGGAGCAGGGCGCAUCACACCGGGAGGGAUCGAGGGGAGAUAUUCCGGUAUUUAAGAGGCGCAGGAGGUCCAGCUCCGUAGUCUCGUCAGACAUGGCACAGCACGGCCAGCCCAGGAGCAAAUCUCACAGACGGACAUCGCUGCCCUGUUUGCAGAGAGACCAGAUGCUCCCACAGCAAGAAUGGGACCACAAAAGAGGCGCCCGAGGAUCUCAGCCAUCCGGCCUAAUGCAAUCUUCGGGCACCAGCAUGACGGUGGACAUCGCGGUGAUGGGCGAGGCCCACAGCACCCAGUUCACCUUCCAGCCGCUGCACCACCGGCCGCACCUGAGCCCCCUGCUGGCCUUCAGCGAUGGACACGCCUGCUCUGACUCAGAGGAGGUGCCGGAGAAAGGAGAGAGGCUGGCCAUCUCAAAGCGUUUGAGGCGCAGUUUGCAUCCGGGGCUUUUGAGACGGAUUUCUUCCCCGUGGACCACCACCACCUCAGCCACCGGCCUGCCCACCCUCGAACCCGGGCCGGUCAGAUGGGACCGCAGUGCCAGCAUCAAAGCACCUCAUGAUGGCCCUUCCAGCAGUUUGGUGAACAGUGAUUCAUGGAACAACUCGGUUAUGCUCGGCCUUUCCAAGAGCAGGUCCAUGUCUGCUUCAUACACUGCCUCCUCUGCCACCAACCACAUCUAUAGCAAGAGCCGAAGAGGUUACCCUUCUUCCAACAUCUCACCUCUGGCUUCACCCUGCAACUCCCCUCCAGUCCAGGGCACUCCGCUCACCAGCCCCACCAACAAAAGCCCUUCAGUGGAGCUGCCGGAUGCAGAGCUUCCGCUGGGCGACGGCCCGCCACCACGGAGCCCCCACAAAGCCUUAACCCACAGUCAGAGCGCCCCCAGCUCCAGCACCUCACAAUGGGUGCCGCCUCCACUUUGUAGCAGCUGUGGAAGACCGUACGGUAAACUGAGACACGUGGAAGGAUCCAUAGAUGCAGGAGAUCGAACCCAACAGUCAGACGAGCUGCUGAUAAUGUCGUCAGACUAUGAGACCAACCACAGUGACAGCAGCGACUUUGCACAGAACGAGGAAGACGGAGAGGGUCGCAUGAAAGCCUGUGGGACGUUCCCGUCUCCGGCGCUCGCACUGGCCGCUCUCAUCCCACCAGAGGAUAAGCCCAUCUUGGCCCCGGAGCCGCUGGUGAUGGAGGGCCUGAAGCCCCUCAUGAGUCAGAUCAACAACUGGAACUUCCCCAUCUUCAGUCUGGUGGAGAGAACCAACGGCAGAUGUGGCUGCAUCCUCAGCCAGGUGUCUUACCGGUUGUUUGUGGACACGGGACUCUUUGAGACAUUCAAGAUUCCAGUGAGGGAGUUCAUGAACUAUUUCCACGCUCUGGAGAACGGAUACAGGGACAUCCCAUAUCACAACAGGAUUCAUGCAACAGACGUCCUCCAUGCGGUUUGGUACCUCACUACCCAGCCUGUGCCUGGUUUACCUACACUGGCAUCACUGAGUGACUCGGACUCUGACGGUGGACUCGCUCACAGCCACUCAAAGUACCUGAUGUCCAUGACGUAUCCUGUAGAGGAGGAGGGUUACAGCUGUCUGUCCGGCCUCAUCCCCGCUCUGGAGCUGAUGGCGCUCUACGUAGCAGCCGCCAUGCAUGAUUACGACCAUCCCGGCAGGACCAACGCGUUCCUGGUGGCCACCAGCGCUCCUCAGGCUGUGCUUUAUAAUGACCGUUCGGUGCUGGAGAACCAUCAUGCAGCGUCUGCCUGGAAUCUCUUCAUGUCGCGGCCUGAGUACAAUUUUUUGGCCAGUCUGGACAACAUGGACUUCAAACGCUUUCGCUUCCUGGUCAUCGAGGCCAUACUGGCCACCGACCUCAAGAAACACUUCGACUUUCUGGCUGAAUUCAACGCCAAAGUGGGAGAUGAUGGAUGCUCAAGCAUUGAUUGGACUAAUGAGAAUGAUCGUCUGCUGGUCUGUCAGAUGUGUAUUAAGUUAGCGGAUAUAAACGGUCCAUUGAAAAGCAAGGAGCUUCAUUUGCAGUGGACGGAAGGCAUCGUCAAUGAGUUUUAUGAACAGGGUGAUGAAGAGUCCAGUUUGGGCCUUCCCAUCAGCCCUUUCAUGGACCGUACAGCACCACAGUUGGCCAAACUGCAGGAGUCCUUCAUCACACACAUCGUCGGGCCUCUCUGCAGCUCUUAUGAUUCAGCCGCCCUCAUGCCCGGCCACUGGGUCGACCCUCUGCCCAAAGAGGGUGAAAAUGCUGAGGAAGAGACGGAUGAAGAGGAGGAGGAGGAAGACACACCGGAAGAAGACGCCUCCACCAGCUCAGAACUUUCCCAGAAACCAGCACCCAAGAAACGACGGAAAGUGUUCUGCCAGAUCACCCAGCACCUGCUGGAGAACCAUGAGAUGUGGAAGAAGGUCAUUGCAGAAGAGUCCCAAAGCCAGACAGAAGGGGAGGAGUCCACAUGCCUCACUAACACCCCUGAGCCAAUCCUAGCCAUCGAUGAGGAGGAGGAGGAGCCAGGGAGCAAGGAGGAGCCUGCAGACGACCAGGAGGAGGAGACAACGGAGGAGGAGGAGAGUCCUGUACCUGACGAGACACAUGAAACAGAGGAAACAGAUAGUGAGACUGUAGAGGAAGCGGCCGAGACUGCGAAGCGAGACACGGUGACUGUAGAAGACGAUGCGGUGCUAAUGGGAAAACGAGAGGAAGACGAAAAAGAGGAUCCGGAACGAAUGACUUGCCCUUUUUAGACGUUGUCUAAAAGCUUUUUAUCAGCAAGCGAGACUUCUAAGAAAUGGUUGCCAGCACAUCACUUAGACACAACACUGUAGAUGCUUGGGGAACAUGUGCCUAAAGGAAACAGGGUGGGGUGGGGUGGUUCGGGAUGGAGGGUUUGAGUAACAAUGAGCAGGUGGUGAACUAUUGAGGUUUGAUGCUAAAAUAGAGUUCUCCAGGGGGUUUCCUAUAUAUUCUAGACUUACGUUGGUCAGUUUUGCAAAUUCUUCUGGCGAAACCCUCUCCAGCUGCACCUUAACCCCCAAAACUACGACAGGGGUCCCAAUGAUCUGCGGCGACACGUUUUGCAGGCUCAACAAGCAUUUCCAAGGAGCUUAGCGUCAAAGUCGGGAUGAGAAACCAAUCCACCGUGACUCUCGCCGGUUCGCGUAUCCCAGCAUCGGCAGCGGACGAAAGCAAACGCUCCAGAAACUGCAUGCGUUUGUGAAAAUGCUACAAAAAGAUACACUAUGUAUUUGCGUGUCUGUCCUGCCAUUGCUCUUUGUUUUUCCUUUCCAGAGCAUCACUAUAGCAAGCGCUUGCUCCAGUCUCAUUUCUGAAGGCAUCGAGCCGAAUGCUUGUCAUUCUCUUCCCUUUACCUUUUUCCCUCGGCAUUCCAUGAACUGAGAUUUUAUGUUUCUCGGGAUCAGACUGUUUUCGGAUAACUGUCAUUGGUUUUUACAGACUUUCUUGCAACUUUAUAAUCUUUUGGAUCUUGAUUUGUGGACAAAGGGUAUCUUUAGUUGUUUUUUAAACUGUAACUUCUUCAAAAUGCCAAUGGCCUUUUAGCCCAAUCGUUGUUUUACCAGAUGAUUUGAUAUAUAUACACAUGCAUACGGCGUGCAAUAGUGCAUCAGGUCAUCCCUAGUCAUCAGUGUACCGUCCAAAACUACAGACGCUCUUAUUCUCCCCCCUUCUGUUCUUGCAUUUAAUUUAGUUUUGAGAGCCAAGUAAACUGCUCUAGCAAGUCGCAUGUUUUCCCUCCGAACAAGGCCGUGGUUAUGCUUCACAGUCGUCUCACGCAGCCGCCGCUGUGGUGAUGCAGGCAGGCGUGUGAGCGACUGCGAGCUCCUCAGCCCAAGGGAUGAAACGACGAACUACGUCCCUCUCACAUGAGACCAUGUGCCGCACAUGAGAUACGCGCACCGGUCGACACGGCUGUCCGCGCUCGCCUUUGAUGUGCCGAAAGAGGCAGAUUGCUCUCAACGGCGAGAUGAAACACUUCUGCGGGCUUCAUCGCCUCGGGCCCGAUGUCUAAUCGGACGCCUUCAGUCACUUUGAAGGAGAGCCUAUUAAAAACGCCUAGGUAGGACGCGGCGGUCAUGUGCUCAUCUUUGAAACGUCCCCUUCAAUCGCAAUGCAGUGUAAGCCUUAAUAUUAUCAGGCAAUGUGGUGCAAUGAAGUCCGGCGAAUUAUUUAAGCAAUACCGACCCAAUGUGUACAGCAGAUUGGUAGCAUUUCCAGUUGCACUUUCUUUUGGUUGCUGUGUAAAUCUCACAUAGCUCAAGUGUGCGUGUGCCAAAUAUGACUUCAAAUCCAUUCUCCCCAAAGUAUGAAACAUCAUCAGGAGCAUGUAAAGGCCGUGUGUGCUUGUGAGUACGUGUGGCGAUGCAGUAUGAGUGCUUUUUAUUUGUACAUGGCCCCAAUUUUAGAGGGUAUAUUAUAUUUCUGCAUUAGGCCAUAGAUUUGUAACCCCAGGCCAGAGAUAUUAACCCUUUGGUGCAUGAGUUAUUAAAUCACAAAUUAAAAUAGUCUUAAUGUUUUUAAUACCUUUUUUAAAACAAAAAUAUAUUAAUUCCCAGUCCAAUAACGCAUUUUGAGAGCGUUACAGUCCACUGCAAUAAGAGAUAGUAGUUGUUAUGUGGUGCAUCACUUUUGUUUGCCAUUUUGAAUUUAGGUUGCCAUAAAGCAGAAACUUUAAAAAGGAUUGUCACAAUGAAUUAUGGAUAAGGGUUAAAAGUCAACACCUUAAAAAUGACUGUCUAGUGUAGUGGACAUCUUGCAUCAAAUUAUACAGGUGUCUUCGCUGUGUAUUUCCCAAAAUAAAAUGAACUUAUCGUAAUAAUAAAAUCCCCCUAAAUAAACCAUCAUACCCCAAGCAAGAGAUAUUAACCCUUUGGUGCAUUAAUUAUUAAAUCACAAAUAAAACUAUAAUGUUUUUAUUACUUUUUAAAAACAAAAAUAUAUUAAUUCCUAGUCUUUUUUUUUUUUUAAAUAAUGCAUUUGAGAGUGUUACUGAGCAUUGCAAUAAAAGGUAGUGAUUGUUAUGUGGUGCAUCGUUUUUGUUUGCCAUUUUGAAUUUAUGUUGCCAUAAUAAAACAUAAAAAAAGGAUUGUCACAAUGAAUUAUGGAUAAGGGUUAUCGCCUUAAAAAUUGCUUUUAAAGAUCUGUCCACUACAGUGGACAUCAUGCAUCAAAGUGUUAAAUUAGUUGUUUUCGCUGUAUAUUUCCCAAAAUAAUAUCAUAACCUUCAAUCAAAUCUUGAGGAAUAAAAUACAUUAUUUCCCAAUUUCACUAAGAAAUAUGUGACAUUAUGGAAGAAUCUAUUAUGCAAUAUAGCUCCGCCCCUUUCAUCUUACUUUUGCUCCGUUUGAGAAAUUUAUGUCAUUACCUUACUGCGAGUUUUUGACGAUCAAAGGUCAUUGAUAUUGAUGUCUCAAAAUGUUUCAAACCCAGAAUCAUCAAAGAUGCCCAGAUUUGCUUCCACCCAGACAGUAUUCAGAGAGACUCAACAAAAACUGUGGAAUUAGCCAGCGAAUCCUACACGUUUGAUGCGCUCGCUCGUGCGUGCACUGCAUGAUUGCGCGUGUUGGCAUGGCAGCAUGCGCCUCUGUCCUCCACCGUGCCUCCCAUCAGUGGGUUUUCAGCUCUGAUCUGCGUUCGGUGGCUCUGAUUCCAGAUUCUGGAGUCAGAAUGGGCAGCACAAAUCUUCAGAAACUGUUUGAAUGGGUUCAUAAUGGCAUUUUCACUAAAUUCAUGUUUUGUUUUUUUAAACGUAGCAGAUGCCCUUAGGAGUGAAAUAAAUUAGAGUCUGUACAGUUCGGCUAAAAAACCUGUGCAGGUAUUACAGAAAUGCACAACUUGCUAGUUUGUGUGUAAAGUGUAGUCUGAUAAGCUUGGUUCAUCAUUCCAAAUCUUUUUGAUUGUCAGUAUAGGCGGUUUGACUGGCAUGCCAGGUUCACCGGAUGUCGACACGAGACUUAAAGAGGUUACACUUCACAUAAGAGGCUGAUCCUUUUAUAUUUUUCCUUUGUAUUUCCUGUUCAACGCUCAUUCCUUCAUCUUCAGCUGUACGCAUCUCAUAACCGUGUCCACUCGUUUCGUUCACCUUGAGAACCAAACAAGCUUUACACCUCUCUGAGAAAGAGAAAUGAGACUUGUACUUUUUUUUUUUAUAUAGUCGGCACUUCACUGACAAAAUAAUUAUUUUUCUUCUCACUUGUAUCUUGCACUUAACACAUGUAGCAAUACCUAUAGAAAGGGAAACUGUGUAAAUCACCAGUAUUCGUAAAGUGAAAUAUUCAUUUUAUCGCUGAUUGUUGUUCCAUUUUGUACAAAAUGAUAUUGUGUACAGGUUAAAAAUGAAACAAAACAAAAACAAAGCCAAAAAAAGGGACAAAAUGAUGAAGACGACAACAGAAGUCUUUUAGAUAAACAUUAUUUAUUUUUACUGUUUUGUAAUUUAGACACUAUACUGUAGCUCCUCUAUUGCCAGACUUACUGGAAGUGCCUCUUGGUAUAAUGUAACAUACAGAAAAUAUAUAUUGAGAUUAUUAGAACCUGUCACAAGCUGAACAUUGUGGAUGUUGUAAUGUGAAUACAGUUUAAUAAUACGAGUGAAA